GCACCCUCCACUCCACUCUCUCCAAUCUUCCACUUCCAGAAGCGGAUACUUCCAAGGUCCUCCCAGCAACAUACGCUGCCCUCUCAGGUGCCUCAGCGAAGCGGCAAUCGUUCUGAAUACGACCACGCCUGAGCUGAUGCCUGCGCCUUGAGGGGUCGCAUCAUACGUCGGGUCAGCGAUGGAGUUCGGCCGGUGCGCUCGCCAAACUAGACGCACUUCUGAGCCGGAACCUACCUUGGGCGUCGACGUAGCAGCUCAAUAGCUCAGCAGCGCGGCAACAACAGCAGCCUUCGGACUGAUGUAGCAAGUCGUACUCUAAAAAUAGGAAAGGAAAAAAAAGAAGAGAAAAGAAGAAAAGAAGAAAAGAAGAAAAGAAGAAAAGAAGAAAAGAAGAAAAGAAGAAAAGAAGAAAAGAAGAAAAACGGUCGCAUAAACAACUGCCCGUGUGCGUCUAGGCGUGAUGGAGCACACCCGACGCACUGCAGAUGCCGUGGUCGACCUCCCGUCCUACCGAGCGGCCACGACACGGCCAGACUGGCUUGCACUCGUUGCGCCGUACGUCCGAAUCAACGAUUACGCGCGUCUAUGCCUCGUCUCGCGGCAUUUCUACCGCCAGUUCGCCCCGCGUCUCUGGAAUGAUCCCCUCGCCGUCAUGCGUUCCCUGAAUCCACAUUGCGAUCCUGGGUGCCUGAUUCGGUUCAUGCGCCAUGUCAAAACGCGCGUUCGGGCGACCACGCCGGGCAAUCUUGUCCGUUCCUUUGACACGCGAUGGGUCUCCCAGUCUUACGACUACGCCGUCUUUGCCCACGCUGGUGUUGGCGGCGCCGUUCCCCUCUCCUCCCUGCUCCUCUCUAUUGCCUCCGGCUUUCCCCGCUUGAGGUGCAUCUUGCUCGACGGAUAUCCCAACCUGGCGCACGAGCCCCCGGGGAGCCCGCUGGCCCCUGACCGGCUGCCGCCGUUUGAGCCGCCGUUUGAGCCGCCGUUUGAGCCGCCGUUGCUUUUGAGUACUGCCCGGUGCCAGGUCGCGCUGCCCCCUUCUUUCUUCGCAAGCCCGUACCUCAAGAGGCUCGUAUAUCUGGACGUGUCCGAUAUGCCGGGCUCUUUGAGGCACCCGCUUGCCCAGCGGACUCUGAGCCCGGCCAACCUGCCCGGCUUGCGUAUCCUCAAGUUGCGGGGACGCGAGAUGGAUGACGCGACAGCCACCCUUCUCUUCAAGACUUUUGGGGAGCAGCUGUGGAGCCUUGACCUGAGCCGAAACAAGCUCACCGGUGACGCCCUCGAUGCCCUGAACCAGUUUUCCUUCCCUUCACAGACCUCAAGAACAGACCACUACUCGGUCGAGGGCCGCAUCGCAUGGCUUUUAACAGGCAGCCCCUCUUUUGGCACCUUCUGCACCGUUACCGAGUCGGAAUGGAGCGCCGACUUUAGCCAUCCUCACAGACAUAUUGCCGAUCCCCCGUGCUACAUUGCCCCCGGCGAGGCUGGACCUCAUCCGACCAUUGCCCCCCGCUUAGACGGCCGGGUCAAGAUCUUGCCCGACUCGGCCGACGCCGUCAAGGCCAUGCUCUCUGGUGGCGUCGGCUCUCAUAGCCCUCCACUGGAAUCCGUGCAGAUAGCAGACGUUUGCCGAGCACCCCAUGGCAUCACCCACCUGUACCUGAGCAGCAACAAGGUCUCGGCCGAAGGCCUCUCCAGGACGAUCCGCUCCUCUCCGGGACAGCUGCAGCGCCUCGAGUGUGACUCCGUCUCGUUUAAGCUCCCCGACGCCGCUCCGCCCUCCUGGCUGUCCAAGGCGAGACUGUCGGGCGCCCUCGGCUGCGCCCACCUGUUCCGUCCCGUAUUCUCGGCCAACCUGCAGGUCCUGCGCAUCCACCACUCGGUGGUCACGCAACUGCUGACCCUGUCCCUCGACCGCCUGUCGCCCAUGGCGAACAUGUGGGUGGCCGAGACGCAGCUGCUCCCGCGGGCCGAACUCGCAUACCCCGAGGCAUUUGUGCCCGACAUGAACCCCCGGCUGCAGUCGCUCGUCCUGACGCGCAUUCCUAGGUACUCCACGGGGCCGCUCAUUGACAAGCUGAUUGCUUUCCUCAACCUCGCCUCGAUACAGGAGCGGGCCAUCCAGGACACCAAAUCGGCCAGCCGGCACGGCCCGGUGACCCUGCUCGGGCUGCGGCACAUCCGCCUCGAGUUCGAUCCUGACCCUCUGGAGGAUCUGUCCCGCGACAGUUUCGGCCUCGAGCUCGGCUUUGACGCCGCGGCAGUCAUGGAGGACGCCACCAAAGAGUUCAGCUUCUUUGGCGACUCGGGCUGGUCAUCCGUGCUGUCGACCGACAAGGCGGCGUCACGGGCAACGCCGCCGAAUGAUCCCGAGUCGGAGCCGAAUCCACGAGGCUCAGAAUCAGAACCAACCCGCAUAUCCCAGUCGGCCAGAUCACACCCACCUCACCCCCCUUCCUCCGUCCACGCUCCCGCCCCCGUCGCUCCUGCCACCGCAUGCCCGGACGAAACAUCCGUCUUCCCCAGACAUCCGGACCAUCAUCAUCAUGACAGCCCAGAACGGCCGAAACGCCAACUGAAUCACGUCCGCAUCCCACACUCCUGGACCUGGCAUAAGGGCGCAACCCCGCUCUCCGCCCUCGUCUGGGCCGGCUACUCCUCCGACCGCCAGGAGGAGGAGGGGGCCGGGGGUGAGGGCGGAGAGGAGGGCUCCGGCGACCGCGAUGAUGGCAGCGCGCCGCCCGCCGUGCGCGAGUACACCCGCCUCCUCCGCGCCCAUCCCCAGCUGCGCUGCGACCCGGUCCCCGCGACGCCGUGCCACGUGAGAGCCGGCGUGCCCCCGGGGGAGCUGCUGUUCGGGCCAGCGUGGGCGAGCAUCCUCUGCCCCCCACCCUCCCCUUCCGCCUGCGCGACCACGGCCGCCGCCGCCGCCGCCGCCGCCGCCGGAGCGUCGCGGCCCGCCGUACCCACGCGGCAGCAGCUGAGGGGCAUGAGGGACGUGGUGAAGGCCAUCAAGGAGUACCGAGCGCGGACCCGCCAGGCGUACGAGGCUGCCAAGAAAGAGGCGGAAGCGAGGGGAGAGCAGGUCAGGUGCGGUCCGCCGCACUUCCAUUGGGGUGGGAGGCUCGAGGUGGAAGUGGAUGGGGCGGGCGCCUAUCACCAGUCGAGAUACUGGCGCUAGCAAAGUGGUUCCCCCCUUCUUCCUCUCCCUUUCCCUCCACUUCCCGUUUCUCUUUCUCCCUUUUUUCUUUUUCUUUUUUCCCUCUCUUACCUUCCUUUUGUUUUGCUGGGAGCCAUAGAUCAUGGUAGCGUCUUUUUAGAUGGUGUUCAGGAGUGAGUUGCGGGCGCGUCAGCCUGGGCAAUAUCUCUCGGACGUUGUGUCUGAUCGAUUAUGGUGAGGACAGAGCCGCCACCAAGGAAUCAUUAAGCGUAAAGAUCACGCCUGUAAAGUUUGCUGCACUCGUCAUCACUCUGGAGGCUAUAGUCUGUGUGUGAUCCCGUUAGGUUGAUGGACGAGACAUGUAUGGCAAGCUGAG